UAAUUUCUGUAGAAUGUGUGUUUGUUAAAAAUAUAGAAAGAAAGUGUUUUUCUCAAAACUCGGAGUGUGCAUGCCAACACUGUGACACCUGGAUAGCUUGGAUUAGUGGAAAUAUGAAAACGCCACUUAACCAGUGCACUUAGCUGUGACUUUGAGUAUACUGCAGAACAGGUUAGAUGAGUUUGUCAGGAUAGGCUUUCCUUGUUGACUAGAAAAAAAUACCCAAGUUGCCAAAUCUCUCACUGUCAUCACAGCAACAUUCACGUGUAAAACUAGAGAUGGGUUUACUCUAAUGGUUGCAAAUUAUUUCUGUGGGGUUUUUUUUCCACUUUGACAAAUUUUGGGCCUGUUGAUCAGUAUAAAAAUAAGUGGCAGGCUAAUCAAAUGUACAAAAACUAAUCAUGACCUGCACAGUGACUUGUUUUAAAGAUUAUGAGUUUAGUUGAACUGAAAUGACGUAAUCUGUCAGUUGAAAGUGUUGUUUUGUUGCGAGGCCAGUUUAAGUAGUUAGUAGUGUUGAAAUGCUGCUGCUCUCUCUCUUCCCUUUCACGGAGCUCAACUUGCAAUCAAGGAGGAGCCGAGAGUCCUCCGGGGCUUCUCCUGGAACCUGCUCCUCAAAUAUAAAGCGCUCCCCCCAUCCACCAGGAAAGGCUGAAUCAUAACACACAAGGAGGAGCCGCUGCCUGAGCACAUCUGUGGUUUAUCCUAAACCCUGUACUGACAUCUGACUGUAGCCUGUAGCUCUAGUGAUCCAGCCAGUGCGUGAAACACCGCUGGGUUUUUAAAAAGCAUUGUCUGUAGUUUUUAAUUAGCCUACAGGCUAUACUUCGACAGAGAACACAACUUGUCAACGACAGAGUGAGAAGCGCAUCUCGAGUUUGGAGAGGAGAGAGCGCGCACAUGGCAGCCCUCAUCAGCGCGUACUCGUCGUGGCCAGAGUCCUUCGAGUGUCCUCCAGGAGACGGGGACGUGCCCGACGGACAUGGCCCGCAUAGGACCCCCGUGGACAAGGCGCCGGAGCCGCGGAUCAGACGGCCCAUGAACGCGUUCAUGGUGUGGGCCAAAGAUGAGCGCAAGCGGCUGGCGGUUCAAAAUCCAGACUUGCACAAUGCCGAGCUCAGCAAAAUGUUGGGCAAGUCCUGGAAGGCCCUGACUCCCCCUCAGAAGAGGCCCUAUGUGGAGGAAGCAGAGAGGCUUCGGGUGCAGCACAUGCAGGACUACCCCAACUAUAAGUAUCGGCCUCGCAGGAAGAAGCAGCUGAAACGCAUCUGCAAGCGAGUGGACCCUGGCUUCCUCCUGAGCGGGCUGGCCCCCGAUCAGAACGCCCUGCCCGACCAGCGGGCCCUCUGUCACCCCCUUGACAAAGACGAGGGCAGCCCUAAUGGUGUCAGCAGCAGGUUUUCCAGCCCCAGCCCUGCUCUGCCCAGCGUCAGAAGCUUCAGAGACCCAGCCGGUUCUAACAGCAGCUUCGACACCUACCCCUAUGGCCUGCCCACUCCUCCUGAGAUGUCCCCCUUAGAUGCCAUGGACCACGAGCAUGUACCCCCCUCUUAUUAUUCAACGUCCGGCAGCUCCUCCAUCUCCUGCUCUUCUUCAGUCUCCUGUCCAGAUGAGCACCACCAGAAUCAGACACACAUGGGCAGCCCGCCCCCUUACCACACUGACUACACUCAGACCCAAAUCCACUGUGGGGGCACACACAUAGGUCACAUCCCUCACAUGUCCCAAACUGGUGGCGGCGGUGGAUUGAUCCCUGGCCAUCCUCUGUCUUACUACAGUACCUCAUCUUUCCCCCACAUUCACCACGGGCUCCACCAGGGCCACCUGGGUCAGCUGUCCCCCCCACCAGAGACACAGGGUCACCUGGAGACUCUAGACCAGCUGAGCCAGGCUGAGCUUCUAGGUGAGGUGGACCGCAAUGAGUUUGACCAGUACCUGAACUCCACUGGAACCGGGUUCCAUCCUGAGCAGGGCAGCAGCAUGACUGUUACAGGACACAUCCAGGUGGCGUCUGCUGCCACUGCUUCUGCCACAGCGUGUCCUAGUAGCACCACAGAAACCAGCCUCAUUUCCGUGCUCGCGGACGCAACGGCGGCCUACUACAACAACUAUGGCAUCUCAUAAGCUUGGUUACAGCACCCAUUACGCUUGUGACUGAUCAGAGACACUGCAGGUUUUAAAAUGGGUAAAGAAAUUUGGGAUGAUGCUGCGCUUGGGUGCUAGUAAGGGAAAGAUUUCUGUGAUCUCAUCUGUAAUUUCAAAUCCCGUAUUAGCAUCUAUGAGCAACUUCCUCCCACUAUGAUUAAAACCUGAAAUGAAUGCUGAGCAAUAUGAUUGUCUGGAGCCGAGGAAAGAACAAAGAGGAAUAUGAAGAAAGGGAGAUGGACAACUCAGGGAUGCAGACACAAAAUACUAUAGUAUGCCACCUCCAGUUGUCAUGAAAUUUCUAAACCAGAAGAACAAUCGUAAAGACUUGUCGUCCACUUGUAAAUGUCACCAGUUACUGUUGCCACUGCGGCAUGUACAGAUGCUCUUUAGAAGCUAAUUUAAGUCCUUUGAUGUUUCGCAUAAAUGCUAACUGUAAUGCUAUUAUCGCCGCUUUCCAUUCGAAUGUUUGUAUUAUAUGUUCUCGCUCUCAUUAGUUUGGGAGUCUUACCUCAGUAGUUGUAAUUGAAUGAGGUUUUAGUUGGACAUUUCUUAUGCAAUUUAACAAAACAGUGUAUAAUGAAGAAAAAAGGCGUUUAUACUUCUUCUCAAGUACUUAAUAAUAUAUAAUCAUAACCUCUGCGAUGAUAAAUAAUAAUGGUAACUAUAACUGUAUGCUGAUUUUAGGUUUGUGAAAGACAAUAAUUUAAAAUAAAGUUCAAUUUUUAUAUAAA